CGUAGGGGCGAAAUCGUGACUGGGUUGCGAAAUAUUUCAGCACUCCAUUGUGCGCUCCGCCGCCGGACAACGCCACGUGACAGAUGCCUGUAGUCACAUGACCUGGGGCAGGUAAGAUGGCGGCGGGUGUUGUGAGUUUCUUCCUCCUGAUGAGCGGAGCGCUGGGCGCGGCACAGCCCGUCUGCAGCUCGUGUCCUGGAGAGAUGAGGAACGUGUCUGAGGUGGGGAGGAGAUGUGAGGCCGCCCCCGGGGCCCGGAUAGAGGGCCGGUGCUGUGUGACCGGGAACAACACCGUAAUCGGCCUCGAUCUCCACAAUUGCUCCAUCUCGCACCUGGACCGCGCCGCCCUCCCCCUCACCGCUGUUCUGGCCGUCAUGGACCUCUCCCAGAAUCCUCUGCAGGAUCUAUCUGAUGACAUGUUUCAGGGACUAAUCGGUCUGGAGUAUAUAGCUCUGCCCCCUAACAUCAGCUGUCCUGGGGGUGAGGGGUCGUGGAGGACGGUGAACACCAGUGAUGACGCCCGGAUCUGCCAGGGCCAGAGGGACGUGUGUAACGAUACAGCAGAGCCGACCAUGCUGUGUCCGGAGAAUUCUCU